AUGCUGUCUUCCGGCCCUCAGAUCCUUACCUUUGCUCUCGAAAACUGGCCGCACAACACCGGGCCUGCCACCAGGGCUAGUAAGCCCAAGGUCCGGACGGGAUGCGUCACUUGCAACUUUUCGAGUUCAUACACCGGCCCGUAUCUCAUUAACACUGUCUUCAGACGGCGCAGAAUCAAAUGCGAUGAGACCAAGCCAUCCUGCCAGAACUGUUUUAAGCGCAGAGUAACUUGCGAGGGGUACAAACCUAAACCGCCCAACGCGUCCUCGAAAAACCAGCUCGCACGAUCCCCCAGCCCAUCAUUACUGAUUGAGCCGAGCUACCAGAGCCUCGUCUUCACGACACAGUUGCAAAAGGACCACUUUGACCAAUGGCUGUCCUUCGCCGUGGACAUCCUCGUCUUCCCCUCGGAGCUGAUCACCAACACGAUCCCCCAGAUCGCCCAGUCAGACCUGGCGGUGAGGAAUGCCGCCUUCGCCAUCGGCGCGGCGGCGCUGGGUAGCAGCACCCGUGAAGAGCGUCUCGGGGGCAAAGGCCCUUACUACGUGGACGCUCUCCAAUAUUACAACCGCGCGCUGAAACUGACCGCGAAAUCGCCUCCCACGGAGGAAACGUUCCACAGCGUCCUGAUGACGUGUCUUUUGUUCUUCAUGUUCGAGGCGCUGCAAGGGGACCGGAGGGCGGCGUUGAUGCAUCUCAACUAUGGUAAUAACAUCCUCGACCAGUACGAAAGGCGGAUUAAGAAGAAACGUGACCCCUUGGUCGAGGCAAUAACCUCAAACUUCCAGCGGCUGACGCUACAAUCCUGGAGUCACAACGGGGACCAUCCGAAAGAAACCGAGGAGCAGGUGCCGUGGUGCUGCCGGGGACACACGAAACGGUACGCGGUCGAUGAGAUGCCAGACUCAUUCGAGUCCCUCGACGAGGCCCACCGCUGGUGGGAGAUCACGCAGCAUCACGUCAUACACCACGCGCCAAUAAUGAUAGGUUUCCGUGUCGAAGGGACAGGAAACAAAGCGCCGUCUUUUCCUCCAAACCAGAGUCUCCCAAUACCGCCCGAGCAGGUCAAGGGCUACAACCGGUUCAUCAAGGAAUGGCGAGCCAGAUUUAAACCCCUGAUGGAGGCGCAGGAGGGGAGGGAGGUCGAUGGCAGAGAGCGUCUCAAGACCCUCGGGCUACGAAUCCACUCGACAUACCUCUCCAUCCCGACCGUGACGGCAAACUACACCGACCUCGAAACCCUGGCGCAAAUGACGCCCGCCUUCCGCGAAUACGUCACCUGCAGCGAGGAGUUCCUCCACCUCCAGAAACGACUCACGAAAACGGCGGGCGAGACCUUCACCAUGGACAGCAAUGGCCCGACGUGGCCCCUCGGCGCGGCGGCCAUGCUCUGCGCCGACCAAGACGUGCAGGCCGACGCCGUGCGGCUGUUCCGCGAGUUCCCGCGCCGCGACGGCUUGUGGGACACACAGGCCUGGCUGAGCAUGCUGCAGAGCUACAAGUCGAAUAAUCCUGCAAUCGCGGUCCGUGGCGGCGAGAGGAGGGAGACGCAGCACCUGUUUGACGUGGAGGUUGUGUACGAGGACAAGUCUGUAGUGUGGAUCAAGCAGGUGGAGGACCCGACGGGUGUUGGUUCAGAUAACCUGGAGUACAGGAUUAACCUACCCUGA